CUUACCUCGCACUCUGAAGCCACAGGGUCACAGGUUCUGAUUCUGCGUGUGGGAAGAACAACGCCUGAAAAGUUAGUUAAGAAGAGAGAGAAGGUGUGUGUGUGUGUGAGAGAGAGAGAGAUAACUGCUUUCGCGAUGCAGAGUCUGCAGCAGAAGGCAUCUGAAUGGAGUGGAGUUUCCACAGAUGAUGCUUUUGCCAUCGACGACGGCGAUUUGUUUCACACUCUCGGCCUCCAAACCUUCGUUACACUCUCAACCAAUUUCUACAACAGGGUAUAUGAUGAUGAUGAAGAAUGGUUUCGUUCAAUAUUUGGGAAUUCAGACAAGGAAAAGGCAAUUCAGAACCAGUACGAGUUCCUCGUCCAGAGGAUGGGAGGUCCUCCUCUCUAUUCUCAAAGAAGAGGGCACCCUGCUCUAAUUGCACGACAUCGACCAUUUCCUGUGACACAUGAAGCUGCUGAGAGGUGGCUACAUCAUAUGGGACAAGCAUUGGACAGUACCUCAGCUAUAGAUGAUGAUUCAAAGAUGAAACUCAUGAACUUUUUCAGGCACACUGCAUAUUUCCUUGUGGCUGGAGUUGAACUAAAGGAUCAACACCAUCACACACCGUGUAAGGAUUCUGCCCUGAAGCAACACCCUUGUAAAAACUUUUAGUAUUUUUUCUUUGUACCAUAUAUCGUAUCAGAUGUCAAUUUCACUGUUGACAUAAAAACUUUCAGAUCAUAUAUAUAUAUAUAUAUAUAUAUAUAUGAACAUGAAGUUGAGCUAAAGGAUCAAAAAGCAUCACAGACCAUGUAAGGAUACUGCACUGAAACAACACCCUUGUAAAAACUUAGUAUUUUCUUUGUACCAUAUAGAGAAGAAUAAGGUAUCAUAUAAAACUUUUAGAUUGUGUUUGCUUU